GUCAUAUUAAGCAACAAUAAAGGAUGGACACUGAGGAUGCUAGUGAAACUGACCUGGCAAAGCAUGAUGAAGAUUAUGUAGAGAUGAAGGAACAGAUGUAUCAGGACAAACUGGCUUCUCUCAAGAGGCAGCUGCAACAACUGCAGGAAGGUACAUUACAGGAAUAUCAGAAGAGAAUGAAAAAGCUGGAUCAACAGUACAAGGAGAGGAUCCGAAAUGCAGAACUCUUCCUCCAGCUGGAAACUGAACAAGUGGAAAGAAAUUACAUUAAAGAAAAGAAAGCAGCAGUGAAAGAAUUUGAAGACAAGAAGGUUGAAUUGAAAGAGAACCUGAUUGCUGAGCUAGAAGAAAAGAAGAAAAUGAUUGAAAAUGAAAAGCUGACCAUGGAACUGACAGGAGAUUCUAUGGAAGUGAAACCCAUCAUGACCAGAAAGUUGCGGAGGCGACCAAAUGAUCCUGUCCCCAUCCCAGACAAGAGGAGAAAGCCUGCUCCUGCUCAGCUAAACUAUUUGUUAACUGAUGAGCAGAUCAUGGAGGAUCUGAGAACAUUAAAUAAGCUUAAGUCACCCAAGAGACCAGCAUCCCCAUCUUCUCCUGAACACUUGCCUGCCACACCUGCGGAGUCUCCAGCCCAGAGACUGGAGGCUCGGAUAGAAGAUGGCAAGCUGUACUAUGAUAAAAGAUGGUACCACAAGAGCCAGGCCAUCUAUCUGGAGUCAAAGGACAACCAGAAACUGAGCUGCGUGAUCAGCUCAGUUGGAGCCAAUGAGAUCUGGGUGAGGAAGACAAGCGACAGCACCAAGAUGAGGAUCUAUCUGGGCCAGCUUCAGCGUGGGCUCUUUGUAAUCCGCCGGCGAAAAUUUUUAACUUACCGGGAAUAACUACUUGGCCUUGGAAAUGGAGAGCACUGUUGUGGAUCCUGCAAGGCACUUUUGUGGCUGGCCACGUCCAUCUUUGUGUCCUUCUUUCCUGCCUCGACUUCUAGUCAUCCGUCACGAUGGACAUUUACUUUCAGGAGUAUUGGGGAUUUGAUUUAUUUUAUGUCUUUGUUUUUUGCUCACACUUUCUUUUUAAAACCUCCUUUGAGUUUGAAGGGACAAGCUUUUUUAUGAAUUAUCUUUAGGUCUUUCUCCUGUGAAAAAGAGCAGGAAGGAAUACACUUUGUGGUGCAUUUUCCUGUUUUGAAUCUGAUUAGUGAAUCACGUAGCUGCUUCCCUUGUCAAGCCCAAUUCACUCUUUUCCCAGCAACUUGGGGCAGAGGUCCCAGCGGAAGGAGAUUAAUUCUCCUGGCUCGCAGCCUUCUCAGGGAAAUAGAUGCCUUGUGUAACAUCUGGCAACUGCCACCCAUUCCCCUGGCUGAACGACAGGAGACUGUGCACUGCAGUAAAUGGAGCUGGGGUAGGGGACAUUUCAUGUUUGUAAUGUGCUGAAUUUACCAUAUUUUCAAUGUUAUUUAAUGCUGGUGAUCUAGUCAGACACACUUACUCUAGCUCAAGGUGGAACAAAAAGUGGUGAUUGCAGAAGUUUUCAUUUGUAAUCCCUUUCUCUCUGCAGUUGCUAAGUAAAUAGAAGCAGCACAUGUCACAGGCUGAUCAUUGGAUUCUCUCUCACAGGCGGGACAGCGAGAUUGAGAGUGUAAUAAUGAGCGAUCUGUGGGCUUGAUGCAUAAUUCAGGUGUCACUCUCGGUGCUGGUAUUAUUAUUGCACAUUGGCCAUUCCGCGCCUUGGAACCUUGUCACCAGGCCUUGGGCGCUCGUAGCCUGUCGGGAGACCUGGCCCCGUUGGAGACAAGGAAAGCUGUGCUGUGGCUUCGACCAAACCUGCGGUCUUCUUGAUAAGUCCUGAUGAAACAGCCUUCCCCAUGCUCCCUGCUUCUUCGCCUCUGCCCCUUGAUUGAGAAGUGAUUGGUUCAAUGGUAGAUGGGUUUUUAUAUUCUAGCUGCCAUCUUGAGGUUUCAAGCAUUUGGGGCGAGAGCAACUGUUAGCAUCUCUCUGGGAAGUCAGUAGAACUUAACACAUUUUAGGAAUGUUGAUAAACAAUCCCCUUGGUUCCUUGAUCACAGUCACUUGGAGUCUCUUCAUGUUGUUUCUGAUCUGCAUACUCUGCAGUGCUUGGGGGGCUGUGGUGACAAAUCACCUCCUCAGUUCUGGCUUCUGUGGACCCCAAACAGUCCUCAGAGUAAAGACUUGUGCAGAUAAAUUUUUGUUUUAAUUUAUAUCCAUUUUCCUCCUUUUAAAAAAAAUUGCUUUUGAAGUCUUAUUUAGAAACAGGAUAAGUGAUGUUUAUCAAAAGUUCCUCCAGUGUUCUCUUUCUGCUCUCCCCCCCGCAUUCCCUCAUUGUUAGGGUCUUCACUACAGUGAACCAAGGUCAUAGUAAGCAAUAGCUUCACCAUUGGUUUGCGCUGUGAGGGACAACUUCUCUUGCUUGAAUUACCAGUGGUGUGUGUCAUGUAACGUAUUUAUCAAGUGCCCUGUAAUGGAAAUUUAUUUAGAUACAUUCAGAAUGCAUCUGCCCUCAAAAGUCUUUAAGAAAUUAAAAAAAGAAACAAAACAAAACCUGAUCAUCUUCCUUGUCUUCCUCAGUAGUAUGCCACAGUGUCUUUUUAUUGUAAGGGAUUGUGUUGAUAGCCCCUGAAAGCUGUGCAUUGAAGCAACAAGAAGUUGCCUUGUUUCUUUCCUUUCUGGUGUUAACCUUUGUACUUUGUGAAGUAACUAUUUAUUUGAAGACCAGGGUAUGGGCAUCUUUGAGUUCUUUCCUCUGGAAUGUUUGAGGAUAUUAGAGGCCAUGUUUAAACGUGGUCUUGACCCUACUGCUGCCUUCUUCUCAGUGUCUUUACAACUCUUACUCGUGACCUUGCAAGAAUGGGGGAAAAUGUGAGCAGACUCAAGACACAGCAUAGUAAGUUAUAGUCCUAGUAGCAGAUUUAAUUUUUAUUUAGUCACCCCCGGGGGGAAAAAGUGGUAGUUAAACCAUUGUGACAGACCUCCGUGAUGACCGAGGGCAGAAGUCUCUGUUAAUGCAUGGAGGUCCUUCAGUGACGGACAGAUGCUUAAUUAAAAGGGGAAGCAGACGCUUGAGAUUUCUGGAGUAAGAGGGGCUGGUUGCCAACCUAGGUGGCAUUCUUACUUUACAAGGUCGUUGUCUUACAGUAGACCCCAGCACACAUGUUCGGCUGUGUCCUGUGAGUGACCCUUUGAAAAAGGCUGUUCCAGACAGUUCUGACCAAGACUCUGCGUGUGUGGUUUGUUAGAGACAUCUUCCUCAAGUGUUCUAUGCAGUGUUUGCUCGGGAUGUGUCCUGAUAUUUAUUUUACCCUCCACACGGGAGGGUUUGCGUGUCCUCCCCUCUGUGUCCCUUUCUCCCCAAACUAGUGUCCUAUGGUACGAUUACCAGGUAGACUUCUGUAGCCAUACCAAAGGCAAAGUGUUUCCAUUUAUUUGGAUACCAGUAUUUAAGGAUGUCUAACUACCUAAACUAAUUUUUACUUACUUUUAACUAGGACAAGUGUAUGAUCCCAGAGGCCAAUUUGCAAAUCAAGCUACACAUAUUUGUAUAUGAGACCCUACGUUCAGGACUGGGUGGCUUUUCUAAGAGAAAUAGGGAGUGGGGGGUUGAAUGCAUUUUAUACUUAACUCUUGGGGGGGUGUCUAUUUUUACAAUAUUUUUUUUUAAACAUUUCCUUUCAGUCUUGAAUUUUUACUAAAUAAUUUCCUCCUCAUUUAAAAAUUUUGUUUCUCAUCUAAGAAUUAGAAAUCUUGGUACUUAGUAUUAUACCAAUUUUUUUCAGAGAGCAAAACAUUUUAAUACCAGAACAUGGUUAAUCUGCAGUUGUUUCAGACAGUGGGUGGGCUUUUUAUAUAACAUCAUUAGUACCACUAUAUGUUCUGAGAGGUGAAUGUAAAAAGAUAGUUUUUUUUAAUAAACUU